AUGGGUCCAACUGUUGUCAGGGUUAGUUGGAAACGUGUAAUUAAGGGGCCCUGUGAACCCGCAGAACUUGAAGCACUUCUCUACGUUUCAGAACACACCACUAUUCCGGUUCCUCGAGUUCGAUGUACAUACAAUAGGCCAGAAGGCAUCUAUAUUUUGAUGGAUCACAUUCAAGGCACAGAUCUUCAAACUUUAUGGAUGCGAGGCCUGGUGAAGCCGAAGGAAAAGGAAGCUAUUAUCAACGAUAUCGCGGCUAUCUUAAUUCAGCUUAGAUCGCUACAUCCUCCCAAAGAAGGAAUUGUUGCAUCUGCGCAGGGCGGUCCUAUUCUUGAUUAUCGCAUCGGUAGUCAUCCAGUUGGACCAUUUGAGUCGCAUCUCAGUUUCCACUCUUUCUUACGGGGCGGCGUUACCCUGGAAAACACAGCAAGGAUUUUCGGUGAUGAAAUUGCAUCCUGUCAUAGCAGCAAUUAUCGAACUUUUUUUUCACAUUCAGAUCUAGCUCCGCGGAAUAUUAUCAUACACCAUGGCAGGAUCGUGGGAGUUGUGGACUGGGCACUUGCAGGAUGGUACCCAGAGUAUUGGGAUCUAACAAAGGCAUAUUAUAGUUCGUUUAAGACACCAGACUGGCCGGAGAACAUCAAACUGAAACUUCCAUCGUACGCGAACGAGCUCAUCGCCGAACGCCUUCUUUGGAGGUUGUAUGACGAACCAGGGAAUGUUUCACACUACAAGUUUGUGCUUUUAUAG